AAUGCAACAAGCAGGAGAAUCAUCGAAGCAAAAGGGAGUAGCUGAAUAAAAAUCGUAUAAGCCAAAGAAACAGCAGAAGCCUCGGUCGAACCAGUGAAGUCAGCCGGAUGGCUGAAAGGUGUGCGGCGGAACUGAACUCUCCACAUGUUUUCACUUUUGAAGUUGAACUAAAUGUUUUAACGCUUUUAAGCUUGUGUACC